AUGGGUGACGUGGAGAACGGUAAGAUCUUUGUUCAGAAGUGCGCUCAGUGCCGCCCGGUGGAGAAGGGAGGCAAGUACAAGAUGGGGCCCAACUUGAACGCCCUCUUUGGCCGAAAGACGGGCCAGUCUCCCGGCUUCUCCUACGUAGAGGCCAACAAGAACAAAGGUAUCGUCUGGGGAGAGGAUACGUUGAUGGAGUACCUGGAGAACCCCAAGAAGUACAUCCCUGGAACCAACAUGAUCUUUGCAGGCAUUAAGAAGAAGGGAGAAAGGGCAGACUUGAUAGCAUACCUUAAAAAGGCCACCAACGAGUAAUGGCUGUCUGCUGCCUUAUUUAUUAUAAA